UCAAUUAAAAUUACCAGAAAUGUUCAAGAGUCGACUAGUCGCCGGAGGUUAUAAUUGACUUCCGGACGUCAAAGCUGUUUCUGUAAGUUGUGUCUCUGAAAACAGUUGAAUUAUUUGUUGCAAUUGGGUAAUCAACUGGCCGAUGUUAAACUCACUCGAAUCAAAUGGUUGAAUCGAAAUUUAAUUGCGAAAUCAACUGUGCUCUGUUAGUUUCGUGUGGCCUAUGUAGGCCGUUUCACCAGUCGCCGCACUUGCCCACAUGCAUAACAUGAAGUGAGUCAUUUGUGAGGAAUGAGGAAUGGCAGUUCAAAACAUGAUUUGUAAUUCUUUUAUAUUUUGUAUGUUUAUCUGGAGUAUUGGAUUAACAUUAUUAGAAACUGCUGAUCCUGGUUUAUCGCCAAGAACUCGUGGAAGAUAUUUUGACUCUGCAUUUUUAAAACGGACCUAUCGCUCAAGAAGGAAUGUUUUGAAUCUUGGUAGCUGCCCUGUAAACGGCAGUGGAGUUACGAAUGGAGUCGUUACUAUUCCUGACAAACGAAAACAAUUAUGGAUUGGAUUAUUAUUACCUUUUACUUUAGCCAGCCAUGGCGGUGAAUACAGUGGAGGUGGGGCAAAGUUCUACGCCGAGGCUUUCAAUCUUGCAGUCGAAAAAAUAAACAAGGAUAGUUCGCUUUUACCAGGCUAUAAAUUAGAUUAUGUUUUCAACAACACACGUUGCAGUGAGCUGGAUGGCAUUCGAGCAAUGUAUUACCAAUACCAAACGCGGGAUAGGAAAGGAUUGCCGAUUCAUGGUUUUAUUGGUCUGGGGUGUCAAUGUAGCACUGCUGCAAAGUUUGCAAGCGCAAUGAAAGUCCCGAUCGUAUCACAUAUGUGCUCCGGCGAGGAACUAUCGAACAAGAAAGUAUAUCCAACUUUUGCUAGGACGUACCCUCUUGGUAAAUACGUCAUACCAUCCAUUGAAGCGUUGUUAAAGCUGUUCAAGUGGCAAAGGGUUGCAGUUAUAUAUUCAAACGACUCUGCAAAGUACCAAGAAACCAGCGGAGAGCUUCUUCAUAAACUCAAAAGAAAUAUAUCGUAUUAUAAAGGCAUCAAAACUGUGCGAUAUGAUGAAAAGGGGGGUUUACUGGAAAAGAUAUUGAAAGAAGUUCAAAAGAAAGCACGAAUUGUAAUUUUAUACAUGGACUACAAAGUGGCAAGAGAAGGUUUAUUGUAUGCAUCAAAGCUUGGCAUGGACAAUGGAUUCUAUGGUUUCAUAGUAGUUGAGCUCAACUCCCUGAACCUGGAGGUCAAACUAGAGAGGCCAUUUAAAUGGCUCGCUUCUGGCUAUCCGGUGACAAAUGAAAAAGUCCACGAUCAGGCGGUGAAGAAAAUGUUCCCGUAUACGCUGAUACUUGGCGUGAAGCUUGGCGAUAGGCACUUACGGGAAGAAUACAAACGGUAUACAAUCGAGCUUACGCGGAGAAUCAAAGGUCCGCCAUUUUGCAGUCCACACUACGCCGGAAUAUACGCCAAGCUGCCUGUGCCACUCGAGAACAUCUACCUGUACGAUGCUGUAAAGGUACUAGCAUUGGCGCUGAACAAGACUAUUAAUCAUAACAAAGAUGUUACUGAUGGUAUUGAAGUAGUAAAGAAUAUGAGGGAGCUUCGUUAUCGAAGUAUAGAUGGUAGUGACAAGAAAAUGAACAAGGAUCUUAAUUCAGAAGCUUUAUAUAGUUUGCUUGCACAAGACUACAUGAACGACACAAAGGACUUGAUCGUUACUGAGGCUGGCUACUUCAAUGACCUUGGUGGAACGUUAAUUUACAAGCAAAAACGUACAAUAAAAUGGGGGAAGAAUGGUCCCCCUAAAGAUACCCCGAAAUGCGGCUUUAAUAACGAACUUUGCCAGAAAAAAGAGGACAGUGGUAUCUCAAUGUCAGUUGUUGUUGCCAUAUCUGUCUCGACGACUGUUAUUGGGGUGAUUCUUCUUCUUUUGCCAAUAUUUAUGUACAGGCAGUACCGUUUAGAACGAUUGCUAACCAGUAAGUUAUGGAGAGUCUCUGUCAACGACCUCACAUUUGUAAAUCGACAUUCAAGCAGCUCGUCAACUUUGUCGCUGAGUCAGACAUCACUGAACAGUAUGAAUAGUGAUAGUUGCUUGAUGCCUGUGUCUCGGCCCGAGCAAGAUUUUAUCCAGCUCCAGGAAUCGCGCACUGUUUUUGCUGUUUUUAAAGGCUCUAAUGUCGCUGUUAAAGAGACUAGAAUAAAAUCUGUUGAGCUGAACAGAGAUGUUCUAUUAGAGUUAAAACAGAUAAGAGAAAUGCGACAUGAGAAUAUCUGCCAGUUCAUUGGAGCCUCGGUUGAGUCAGACAGAGUCCUAAUCGUUACUCAGUAUGCAGCAAGAGGCAGCCUCGAGGAUGUCCUGUUUGAUAGCUCUAUAAAGUUGGAGACUCUUUUCUUGCUGUCUUUGAUCUAUGAUGUUGUCAAGGGAAUGACCUACUUGCAUGCAACCGAAGUAAAAUCUCACGGCAACCUAAAGUCUUCAAAUUGCGUCAUCGAUAGUCGUUGGGUUUUGAAGAUCACAGAUUUUGGCUUGCAUUCAUUUCGAGGCAAGAAUGAUCGCAGUCUGAAAGAGGCUAAUGACUGUGCCCUUACAAAGUAUCUAUGGCGUGCGCCUGAACUGCUAAGGAUGGCGAAUCCUCCUCCGUGCGGAACAGAGAAGGGGGAUGUCUACAGCUUUGCUAUAAUUCUUCAAGAGUGUCACACAAGACAAGGACCAUGGUCUGGCUCGGGCAUUUCCAAUAAAGAAAUUCUCAACCGCGUUGUUGUUGCUGAGUUGCCUCCAUAUCGCCCGACCGUCUCCGAACUCGUUGAGAGCGCUGAAAGCCUGCGCGAUGUAAUGAAAAAGUGUUGGCAGGAGCACCCAGAUUGUAGGCCUACAUUUCAAGAUUUAUGCAAAGACAUAGAAGCUUUAAUGAAAGCAAAUGGAUUUAAAUCGAACAUCGUCGACCACAUGACUUAUAUGAUGGAAAGAUACACCGACCAUCUCGAGGACUUGGUUGAGCAAAAAACCGGCGAGUUAAGAAGUGAAAAGGCUAGAAUUGAAGGCCUGCUGGAGAGAAUGCUGCCAGCCUCAGUUGCAAGACAGCUUAAACUUGGAAGGGAGGUGGAGGCGGAGACUUUUAAAGAUGUGUCAAUUUAUUUCAGUGAUAUAGUCGGUUUUACGGAGUUAUGUGCAGAAAGCAAUCCAAUGCAGGUUGUCAAGCUUCUUAACGACCUUUACACUCUGUUUGAUAAUAUCAUCCAGUUCUACAAUGUUUAUAAGGUGGAAACAAUUGGCGAUGCAUACAUGGUUGUUUCUGGCUUACCAAUCAGAAACGAAAGAGAGCAUGCAUCAGAGAUCGCUUUGAUGGCGCUGCAUAUCAACAGCUCUAUUAAAGAUUUUGUAGUGCACCAUAGACCAGGCACUUCGAUACAGCUGAGGAUUGGGAUCAACUCAGGACCCGUUGUAGCCGGAGUGGUCGGAACAACUAUGCCAAGAUAUUGUCUGUUUGGUGAUACUGUAAACACUGCUUCAAGAAUGGAGUCGACGGGAGCACCUUCAAGAGUUCAUAUUAGCGAAUCGACUAAAAAGGCCCUUGAUAUUGUGGGUGGUUUUACGAUUGAUGCGAGGGGAACAACUUAUUGCAAGGGUAAAGGCCAGAUCCUCACGUUUUGGUUGAAUGAUGUCGUGACCACUCACAAACAAAGGAUUUCAGAAAAUGAGAAAUUCAGGAGAUGUCAAAAGGCGAUAAUAGGGAACAAAUAUUUAGAGUUAUUUACACAAUCGCCCUCCCUAAAGCAUAAGGUGCCUUCUGGAACUAUUAAAGGGUCACCUGAUGUGACACCAAUUACACUGAGGAGGGCUAUGCUCUUGAAAAAUAUAAAGAACAAAGAUAAAAUGACAUCGUUUGAUGUACCACAAGAGCCGGAAAGACUGCCAUUGUUGAAUCAGACUAUCCAUGGGAAUAAUGGUGUAGUGACAUGAGUUAAUGAGAAUAUGCUCCUUCCUAUGUUUUGAUGAUGGCUUCUGUUAAUAAGCCAGUUUAUAAAGUCCAACCCAAAUAUUCAAUCUGAAGACUAGCCUGCAAGCGACCUGUUUAAGGAUAAACAAGAUGAAAUUGCGUGGUAGACAUUCAUACGAUAUGCAAACCUGGUAUGUAUUACAUACAUACAAUAUUGUUAAUCAGUGGUAGUUCAUAUCUGAUUUUCCCUUUCCCCUGAGUAUUACCUGCCAACUUGUUAUCGUGAUAUACGUAUCUCUUGUUUCAUUCAAAUCUAUUAGCCCAACCCCCCCCCCCACCCCACCCCCCGAAAAUCCAUGCUUAUCACAUCGUGCUUCAAACUUAAAUUGUAUCCGGUAAUUAAGGGCAAAAUGCAAUUGCGAAAGAAAGUUUACCUCGUGAUCUCAUGAGGAACUCGUUGAUUUUAGCACCCAGGUCCCUGGCACAAAGUUUUAGCAAGAGAUGUGCGGUAAAGGACUCCAACGGCCACUGCAGUAGGAAUGACGACCCCCUGCGCUUAGCCAACAUAGAAAGGGCAAGAUAUGCCUUUAUAAGGUUCAAAGAGAACAAGCAUAUUGGUUUAUUUUGAUGAGCUGGUCAUAUGUUCGCCCCUACCCUUUUCUAGUGUAGGCGUCCUUGCCCCCACCCCCCCCCUCCCAAUUUUUGCCCGUCAACUGGACCCAGGUUGUAGACAACAUAGACAGAAUGUGGUGUACCUAAUAAAACUAAUAAUUGUUAUAUAACUGUAAAUUUAGCUGUGUACAUAGUAGUCAAAUCAAUUGAAUGGAAUUCAGAAUAUAUACUUGCUGAAAAGGGACUUUAAGGUUAAAUUCGUCGCAGUAAAGGUAACCUUAUCGAUGCUUUAUGGCAAUUUUGUAUCAGUUCAAAGGAAUAAGAAAUUUCAUCAGUUUUAUUUUAUUUUAGGUUUAUUUUUAGCUGUAAUUCGGUAAUGCUUUUAUUUUUUGUGUAGAUCUAGGACUCUUAAUGUGAGAAUAAUUUUUGAUCUAAACUCGAUACACCUGUGACUGAAAGUGAAACUUAAUCGAGGCCAGCUGUUUUAACGCGGGUAUAUAUCCAAAUACAACGACCAAAGUUAAUAUACUGUAAAGAAAAUUAUGCUUGAUACCCAUGGAAGUAACCCUUACCGCAUUUGAUAUCUUGAACCUUUUAUUGUAAAGGUGACAGGGUUUAAAAAACUGCAGGAUUAGCAGAUGGGAAUCCUCAGACAAAUGUCUCAAUCCUGAAAAAUCUCCUUGCUUAGUUUUUUUCUUAGAGUUGCAUAGACAAAAAUUUUGCCAGUUUAUAAGUUUCUCGAAAUGGGUGUAUUUUUAUUGCAUAUAACGACAUAUAGUAAAUAAUUGUAUUUUUAAGCUAUAAGCUUUUUAGUUUAAUUUUUGGACGGAAUCUCAUUUUAUUUUUAUCUCUAGAUACGUGAAAUAUUGCUGCUCCAUAGUGUUGGGUAACGUAGAAAUCUUGUAUUUUGACGUUAAAAAACACAGUAAGAAAA